ACGUCAUUUCUAUUAAAAAAAAAUUAUUACCUCUGAUUUAUUGUGGUUCUUGUUAUUGUAUUUUUGACGACUCUGGAAAAUCCAUAGAAUAAUAUCGAUUUUAGAAGACGCAACAUACAAUAAACAACAAGAUAACGUAAAGUUGUUGGCGUUUCGACGAAUUUGAUGAUAAACUGAAACUAAAUACAUGAUGUUGGGUUUUCAAACGAAAUAAUGUAUUAAAAAACAACAAAGUCCCCGUUUUUAUUCGUUUCGUAUUUUAAAUAUUCGAUUCUUGAUAACCUUCGAACCAGUAUUCAUUUUAAUUUUUCUCGUCGUGGACGGUUCUCGGCAAUUAUCGUCAGUAGUUCUUUCGUGCGCGUCCCGGUCAGUGCUAAAGCAACAACGUCAAUCAUGAAGAUUUCGUGUUUUCUUUUGGUGGUUUCAUUCUUCGUUUGUACGAUGGCAGGAAACGAUUUAUUAACAGCGACCGAAGUGUCUAACGGAAAUACAAAAUUCACAUCGAAUUUAUAUCAAAUAUUAGCAAAAGAACCCGGAAAUGUGUUUUUCUCACCAAUUAGUGCUCAUGCAGUGCUCUCUAUGAUCUACCAAGGAGCUUCUGGGGCGACAGCUGAAGCUUUAAGAAAAAAUCUGUAUCUUCCAGAAGUAAAAGCGACAGCCACUGGUUAUAAAAACAUUAUGACCGAGUUGAAUUCAGUUGAAAACGUGACUUUGCACAUUGCCAAUAAAGUCUACAUAGCAAAUAAGUAUCAAUUGAAUGAUAAUUUUAAACUUACCGCUACCAAGGAUUACUUGGCUGAAGCACAACCAUUGGAUUUCAAACAAAGUGUAGUAGCCGCUAAAGAAAUUAAUACUUGGGUUGAGAAUAAAACCAACAAUAAGAUUAAAGAUUUAAUCCAACCAGACGAUUUGGAUGAAUUAACCCGUUUGGUUUUGGUCAAUGCUAUUUAUUUCAAGGGCAACUGGUUGCAUCAAUUCCCAGUUGAACACACCAGAAAAGAAAAGUUUUAUUUGAACGAUAAAGACUCCGUCCUUUGCGAUAUGAUGCAUUUAACCGAUCAUUUCGAAUACGCCGAAGAUACCGAAUUAGAUGCUAAGAUUUUGAGAAUGCGCUACACCAACAAAGAUGUCAGUAUGGUUAUUGUUCUUCCUAAUUCGAAGACUGGUAUUUUCGCUUUAGAACAAAAAUUGGCCAACAAAGAUUUAACAACGUUGACGAGCCAAUUAGUUUCUCGCGAAGUAAUCGUUUCAUUGCCUAAAUUUAAAAUUGAAACCACCAUUGAUCUUAAAGAUUCCCUUGAAAAGUUGGGUAUGGGUGUUAUAUUUUCUGAUGCGGCUGAAUUCCCCAAUUUAAUUAAAGGGGAUGAACCGCUUAAAGUUUCAAAAGCUAUUCAAAAAGCUUUUAUCGAAGUAAACGAACAAGGAGCUGAAGCAGCUGCAGCAACUGGUUUAAUGGUUAUGUUAUGUUCAAUGCCAAUUUUGGAAAACUUUAACGUUGAUCAUCCGUAUAUCAUGUAUAUUGAAACACGCACCCAGAAAAAUGAUUCUAAAGUUUUAUUUUGGGGAAAAAUUUCUAAUCCUAAUAACAAUUGAACACCACAUCAUAAAUUAUAUUAAAGGAAAUUAAUUGAUGUAAAAAUUAAUAAUGUUAAUCAAAUUGGCUUCAAUAAAAAAUUGAGUGUUUAAAUUUUAAUGUAAAAAUUAAUGAUUACUGUGCAUGUCUUAAUGCUUUCGAAGUACUUGAAAAUGUUUUUAUCGUCUGGCUUCAAAAACCAAUCACAUUUGUUGUGUAGAUUUUAAUCAAAUAUAGUUUUAGUUGUCUGUAUGGAUAAUUGCAUAACUAAGGCACCAGAUGAAGUUUUUAUUGACCAUCCAUUUAUAAUAUGUAUAGAAAAUCGAAAGUCUGUAAACACAAAUGGAAGUAUUUUAUUCUUCGGGGUUAUUUCUAACCCAAAUGUUUAAAAAUUAUAAUGCCAAAUAAAUCUUAGCUUUAUAUAUU